AUGGCCACCGUCGAAAAAGAUCACCGGCCGAAGCCCAGUAGUUUGCGAUCGAUUAUCGCGGGCUCAACCGCCGGUGCCGUCGAGAUCGCAAUCACUUAUCCAGCCGAAUUUGCAAAGACCCGUACCCAACUCAACCGCAGACUCCCCGAUGCAAAGAAACUUCCAUGGCCACCAUUUGGCUCACAAUGGUAUGCUGGGUGCACAACCCUGAUCAUUGGAAAUUCGCUUAAGGCAGGAAUCCGGUUCGUCGCUUUCGACUGGUUGAAGUCACUCCUGCAAGACGAGAACGGCAAGAUCUCGGGGCCCCGAACAGUUGUCGCGGGCUUCGGUGCAGGCUUCACUGAGUCAUUGUUGGCAGUGACACCAUUUGAGAGUAUUAAAACACAACUAAUUGAUGAUCGAAAGUCGCAGAAGCCCCGGAUGCGUGGGUUCCUGCAUGGGAGCAAGAUCAUUUACCAAGAAAGGGGCCUUCGAGGUUUUUUCCAAGGAUUCGUUCCUACAACCGCACGCCAGGCUGCCAACUCGGCGACACGAUUCUCGAGUUAUACAAUGCUGAAACAGAUGGCCCAAGGCCAGGUCGCUCCUGGAGAGAAGUUGGGGACUGUGAGCACUUUUGCCAUCGGUGGAAUAGCCGGCCUUAUCACGGUUUACGUUACGCAGCCCCUUGAUACUGUGAAGACCAGGAUGCAAUCCCUAGAAGCCAGUAAGACUUAUAGGAAUAGUUUCGUCUGCGCAGCACGCAUCUUCAAGGACGAGGGCAUUCUGACCUUCUGGUCGGGAGCCGUUCCACGCCUAGCGAGGCUCAUCAUGAGUGGCGGCAUAGUAUUCACCAUGUACGAGAAGACGAUGGAGGCAUUGGACACAUUUGAUCCAGAGAGGCGUUAUAUCUAAGUCGUUAUGAAGCUGGUUGGUGUAUAGAAACAUUACGGGCUGUGUGUGCGCGAUUGAAAUCGAAUUGUAGUCGAAUGGGCUUGGUAAAAACCUGCUUAACAGCGUAGUUAUUAUGGCAAUAUUUGGCACCAUC